AUUGCUGUAGUAUGAACGUUCAAUUUUUUUCUAAAAGUUUAUACGAAAAAAAACUCAGUUCUCCAACGCAGUGUAAGCUCUUAGUUGUCCAUCAGAUUAAAUGCAAAAUGUCCGAAAAUAACUCCGUGAAAGUUAUUAACUCUGUGCAGUGAACAUAAUGAAUAACAUGCAGUUGCUCUAAAAUCGCUCUGUAUGAGUUCGUAUUUAGUGUUUUCUAAGGGUAAGCACAGAUAGCUUUGCGAUGUUUUGUAACACAGAUUUGCCGAAAACUUUUAACUUCUACAUUGAGAGACAACAUUAAAAACCAGCAUGGCCAAACACAUGGUGCUGUCAUCAGGAUCUAAGCUCUGGAGGUCUUUCAGAUGUCCAAAAUCUGAGCUGCGCCUGGAUCUCACUCUUCCAUGUGGACAGUCGUUUCGCUGGAGAGAAACUGCAGAGGGACACUGGACUGGUGUGAUGGGAGGACGAGUGUGGACUUUGACCCAAACAGAAGACACUCUUUGGUACCAUGUGUACGACCAACAAGAGAAUCAGGAGAAAGGAAAUGAGAUGGAGAGAAGAGCUGGUGUUUCUUUCCAUGAACAAAGCAAAGCUGAGAAAACAUUUAAAGAGAAUGUGAAGGAGGAGCAGGAGCUGCCAGCUGGAUUUCAGAACACUGUGACUGAAGAGGAGAUGUUGAGAGAUUACUUUCAGCUCAGUGUAAAUUUAGGGGAUCUUUACAGGGAAUGGGGAGCAGCAGAUCCUCACUUUAAGAAAAUUGCAGACAUCUUCACAGGAGUGCGAAUUUUGCGCCAGGACCCCACUGAAUGUCUGUUUUCCUUCAUCUGUACCUCCAACAACCACAUCUCUCGAAUUCAGGGCAUGGUGGAGAGACUGUGCCAAGCUCUGGGCGCCCCUCUGUGCCAGCUGGAUCAAACCUGGUAUCACGACUUUCCUGCCCUGUCUGCUCUAGCAGACAGCAGUGUAGAGGCACGUCUCAGGGAUCUGGGUUUUGGGUACAGGGCUCGGUUCCUCCAGCAAAGUGCAAAGCAGAUUUUGGAAACCCACGGGCAGGACUGGCUGGACGGUUUACGGAAAGUGUCCUAUAUGGAGGCCCGUGAUGCUCUGCGCUCUCUCCCUGGGGUUGGCACCAAGGUGGCUGACUGUGCGUGUCUGAUGUCACUGGAUAAGUCGGAGGCCGUUCCCAUCGACACGCACGUGUGGCAGAUCGCAAAACGUGACUAUAGAUACGCUGCUGGCAAAGAACCAAAGAGCAUCACAGAAAAACUUCACAGAGAUGUUGGGGAUUUCUUCAGAAAGCUGUGGGGACCCUAUGCUGGAUGGGCUCAGUCAGUCUUGUUCUGUGCUGACCUCAAGAAGUUCAAAAACCUCAAAGAAGUAUCACAUCUGAAGCAACCAAAGGAGGAGGAAGAGCACCACGAAGAAAGAAUCACAGUGUGCCCGAAAACAACAGUGAAGAGAGAAUACAGUGGAGCUGGGAAGAAGCUGAAAUCUCAGUCAACCUGUCACAAGAAAGCGAAGGUGUCCGUGAAGAAAGAGAAGGUGGUGUGAGGUAAAGCUCAGAUUGCAUGGUACCCCACAUUUUACUCAUACCGCUAAAUCAACUUCAUUCAACAUCCCCACAAAUGGACUACUGUAUAUGGAUGAUUCAGAAAUUAAACAUAAUUCUGUUCUUUAUCGUCUGUAAUAUAACUCAUGAGAUCAAAACUUCAGGGGUGUUUAAAUGUGUGUGUGAUUGGUGACAGAGGUUUCAGGCCAGGGAUGUUCCAGUGGAGUGUUCUGUUGUACUUUAUAAUUUUUCCUUUUUUCCUUUUUUCCAUGAGUUUGCCACAGAAAAGCCAUUGCAUUGAAAAUAGGUUUUACAAUAAACGUCCAACAUCUCAUGAGCUGUUUUAUUUGUUUUGAGUGAAACAUAAUUUUCUACCAUAUUCAAUAAUGCUGACUGUUACUGAAAGCCACCAGUAGGUGGCAGCACUGCUCUCUGAGACUUUAUGCU